AUGAGACUCAAUACAGGGGCUUUGCGGUCUUCAAAAGAUAGAUCAGCGUCUGCCCGAGCUGGAGAUGAUUCUCACCUGCCAACUGAAAUGCCUCAUAUUGAAGAUUUUUUCUUUUCAAAUAUAAUAUCUUCUGCUGCAGUUGAUGAGUCUAACUCGUUUCAUGAGUCGCUGGUUGAUCUCAUCGAUAACUAUCGGUCUGAUUUGAGCGUGGAACUUGAUUCUAUGAGAAAAGCUCAGCAAGGAAUCACAAAGCAAAUGGCCGAUGUAGAUCGUCUAGCUCAAACAACUUUAGGUGCUACACAAGCUAGAAUUGCUCAUUUACAAUCAGAUCUUUAUAAUCUACGUCAUGUUAAUAAUUUGGCCUUAGCAGCUCGAAAAACACAGGAAUCAAUAGCAAAUAUUCUUGAGUCCUUGCAACAAAUUGACUCGGUACUCCCGCCACACGAGCGAUUAUGUCCACAAAUGUCUCCCCACAAAAAACACUACCCAAGAUUACAUUUGGCUUUACAGAAAAAUAGCAAUAAUAGCCUUUUCUCUACGCCUGAUGACUAUCUUAGAAAAUCUACGGGAAGACGACGGGCCAAAAGCAAUUCAAGCAGAGCCGCAUCUGCAUCUUCAGGGAAAUCACGCAGGUCUCUAGGAAGCAUCGAAGGAGUAAAACCAACAAACAAACUCAUUGUUGAAGGAUUGCAAAUCCCCUCAUUCAGUCCCGAUAAUAACAGCUGGCCCGCAAAUAAUCACAUUCCACGUCAACAAUCACCAGAAUUAGAUAAUUCAUUUCCUAUUAAAAUACAAACUAAUGUUACAGAAGGAUCGUCUAAUGAACCGGUAUCUAACGAUGAAUUUGAGCUUAACGAAACCUUUUCUCCUAUUCAAGGAUCAUCUCAAACAGAUCUUCCAGGUAUUCUUAACGAAUCCGAAGCAACUACUACACUUUCGCCAACAACCAUGUCUUCCACAACUCGUUCGCAAGAGAUAUUUUCUCUCAGUAGCACACCAGCGUCAUCGUCAUUUGUAUUAAGUUCUCCUUCCAUUAAAGCAUCCAGCUCAUCUAAUACUAUUUCAAAAGCACUUAAAGACACACCAGGUAAAGAUUUAGAAUAUAUUCUUUUAUCACAUUCAAAUAAAUCUGAAAAUGAUUUGAAAAUACCGCUUUCAGAUUUCAACUCUGCUGAACCAGAACCUUCUUUAAAUCAAGCUUUUGGCCAGCUGCGAGAGCCUUUUGAACUUUCAAAUUUAUCAUCACUUAAUGAGCUUGAUGAUAUGACAGCAGCAGUAGUGCCAACAGAAUUUAACAGUCAACAUGAUUCUUCUACUAACCCACCUGAUGUGUCAAAUGAAGAAGAUGAAUCUAAAAUCAUUGAAAUAGAUAAAAUUCCUUUCUCAGAAAAUGUAUCUCUUACAAACGAGAGCUCUCAAAGUUUUCCAGAAAAUCGGAAUAAACUAAGAAACAUGGAAUCUACUUUUAAACGUUCAGCGGGUGAUGACAUAAUUUCCGAGAGAUAUGAAGAAUCACAAAAAUCAGUUAUUUCUCAACAAAUAAAGGAAGCUUCUGAUCAUGACCCAAAGCUCGAAUCAACUACAAAAAAUGAAAAUAAAAAUGAAAUUCUUGGAGGGAAUACUGGGGAUUCUGGAACUUUGAAGCAGCAAUCAGAGCAUUGUAACGGUCUAGAUAAACAAAGAAUCGGUGAGCAAAUUACUCAACCAGUUUUGGUGGCAAAGGAUUUGGAAACCUCCGAGGAACAGGUGACUUUACCUAAAAUUAAUCAAGAAUUCAUAUCUGCAAAUGAGCCUUUACCACAAUCAGAGUCAGAACUAGAUACUGAAAGUUUGUUCGAGGGUAGUAAAAGUUUGCCGGAUUCUUUGGUUUUAGAAAAUAAAAUUCAUGGCGAGUCCCAAAAGCUUACUAGACCUGUUGAUAAUUUAACUGACAAACUUAUUGAAACAAAGACAGAAGAUGAGUUAACGAAUAAAUUCAGAAAUAAUGAUGAGUCACAUGAAUAUUCAAGUAGAAUUGGCUUAAAAGUGAAUAGCUCAAUUGCCGCAACAGGAACUGUUAUUGUCAACACAGAAAAUUCUUGUGCUGUUGAAAUAGAGGAACCACCAAUUAAGAACAAAGAUAAUGAUUUGACUACUGAAGCAGAAGUGCUUUCUGAUAAUGAAACAAAAUAUUUAUUAACUGAUGGGGCAGAAAGUUUGUUAGGUACUCACCUGGAAAUUUCAUCUAUAACUAAAGUAAAAAGUGAUCUAGCAGGUGAAGUUAAGAAUUUUUUGAACUCCUCAGAAAAGAACUCUGUUUCAGAAUCAGCAGCUCCUUCUGAUGCUAAGAUCAAUGAUUCUUCUAUUGCUAAGAUCAAUGAUUCUUCUAUUGCCAAAACAAAUAAAUCUUUUGUCCACACAGAGAAUCUAUUAGUCACUGAAACUACUAGUCAUUUUAGUACCGAAGAAGUUCCUGUUAAUUCAGGAAGUUUAGUUUCUGAUGAUCUAGAGAGCUCCUUUGUUACUAAAGCGGGAAAUUUGGUUCAACAUGAGAACACUUCUAAAGCUGAACUUCAAGAAUUAUCUACCAUUAAAAUUACACUAGCUGCGAAAGAAGAGGAAGAAAGCACAGCUCUUACAAAUUCACAAGGGUCAUCAGUUAUUGAAGAAGAGCCUUCAGUUGAUGAGCCUCCAGUUAAGAACGAAUCGCUUCCUAUUUCUAAAAAUGAAAAUUUGCUUAAUGAAGACCUUCCUGUUACUAAAGAAAACCUUAUGGCUGUUGAAAAAGAGAACAACUUAAUCAUACCUACUAAAGCAUCUGGACUUUCAGAUAUUGAACUCGAAACUGAUACAAUAUCUGAAAUCGGUUCUCCCGUACAAGCAGCAAUUUCAUCUAACAUUGAAACAGUUCAAGCGAAAACAUCACUCGAUUCUAAGGCAGAAGAUUCUAUUUCUGGUGAUGCUUUGAUCAAAUCAGCAUUACUUAUCAAGGUAUCCUCUAAUACGACCUUUACGCCUGAAUAUAGUUCGGACCCUUCAACACACGAUGUAAGUGCUUCCUUGAACUCUGAAGAAACACAAAUUGGUGGAGAUGACUAUAAUAAGUAUGGGGAUCUUGAGCUGGCCUCGCCCCUGUACAUGCCUGCGGUUAAGGCUGCACCAGCAGUGGCUGCAACUGUUGUUGUUAGUGGAAUAGAGUGCUAUUCUCCUGUUGCCGGAACAUUUUCAGUACCAAGCACUAGUAGUGUCCAAGUUUCUGGAAACAUUGAUGGUAACGUAACGAACAAUGAUGUGGGUAAUACUAGUGCUAGCAUUUUUAACGGCGAGGAGGGUAGUAGCUCUGUCUUAAAAAAGCAUGCUUCCUUACGUGAAACGUUUGCAUCUUUGGGGGUGGUUGCUGAAGCCAGCGCACCAGUUGUGGGGACGUCAUCAGGGUCUGCAGCAGCAAAACUAGUCAUGUUGUCAUCAUCGACUUCACCGUCGUCAAUUUCAACGGCUGGACCUGAACAAGACAAUGGAAAUGCAAGCGCUGCGCGCAAAUACCUAGGAGGCUUAUUUGCCAAAAAGUGA